AAGCAAGAAAUUGGAGGGAGAGAUAAUCACUCCCCACUCUUUUAAAAAAAAAAAGUUUUUAAAAUUUGGAACUAUAAAAAAAAAAAUUCAAAUACACACAAAAUAGGGAUAAAGGGUCUCUAUAUAAAGACAGUCCCAUUGUAAGUUCACAACCAUUGAACAAAACUACACAAACUCAAAUUCUCACUUAAUUCCUUUUUUCUCUAUCCAAAAUGGCUUCCUUUGCCAAAAACUUCUCCCUUAUUUUUCUGUUUGCUCUCUUAUCUUCACUUCAAAUUCAUGCAAGGGAUGGCCAAUUUUUCAACAAAGUCCCUAGCAACAAUGGUGAAAAAGAGACACAAUCAGUUGUUCCUAACAAAGAGCAAGAGCCAAAUUUCAUGCCUGAAAAUGAAAAUGGUGCAUAUGGCUUAUAUGGUCAUGACUCUGUUUCCACCCCUUCUACUACUAACACCAAUUCUCCCAAUGUAAACAAUCUUCCUAACAGCAAGUACCUUCCCAAAAAUUACAACCCUGUUUCUUAUAUCACUGUUGCUGAGGACAACACUAACGAAAACAACUUCAACAAUGACAAUGACAACAACAAAAACAACAACAAUGAGUUUGCAACCAAGCAAACCACUGACCAAUUUUACAGUUCUCCCACCAAUUACCGCAGCAGCAACAAGAACAACAACCAAUUCUACAGUGCUCCCACCAAUUACCGCAGCAGAAACAACAACAACCAGCAACAGUACUACCACGGUGUCAGUGAUUUCAGUACUAAAAACCACUACGACAACCAGCAGCAGCAACAGUUCUACAGCGGUGACAGUUUUUACAGCAACAACCAGCAGUACAACAAUAUCAACAACAACAACGAGGAUAUCAAUGAAGACAUCAACGAGGAGGAAGAGUAUGAUAAUGCUGCCAACUCAUACUACAACAACAACAACAACGAGCAGCAACAGGGGUUUACAGAAACAAGAUUGAGUGGCAAAAGCUACAGCACCAACCCAACAAACUACGGUAACAAUUACAACAACUACAACAAUCAAGAACAAACCUACUCCAACAAUUACAACAGCUACAACAAUGGCAAUGGUAACUACAAAGUGCACCAACAACAGGGAAUGAGUGACACAAGGUUCUUGGGAAAAGGAAAAUUCUAUUAUGAUAUUAAAGCUGAGAAACAUGCUAGGGAUCCAUAUGAAAAUGCAAAGGAGUUUGCUGCAAUGAACCACCAGUACAACAACAGGAACACUUAUGGCAACAAUGAGUACAACAACGACUUUGAGAAUGAAGUGUUCCAACAUGAAGACAACAUGCCUUGAUUGUUCCAACAAUUGAAAAAAAAAAAAGUUAUAACCAUAGUGAGCCAAAACAAAUAUUAUGUGUUCCAAUUAUGAUUGAUGUUGGCCUUUUACUUUUCUUUGUCUAAGUUAUAUUUUAUUAGAGAAAAUGUUAAUUAAACUACAGAAAUUUUUUUUGGGUGUUUUAUAUAUGUAUAACUAUAAUGAAAUUAUAGUGGUACGUGGCUAUUAGUGUAAUGUUUUGCACUUUUAAUAUACUGAAAUUAACAAUAAAAUAUCAACAAGCUUAUGCAGGUAAUUAGGUAUCUGCAGUAAAUGUUGUACCUAUUAUUAUGUCGCCUGUAUAAUAUUGACUGGAUCAGAGUGACUGUUAAUAAUAAGUCUACUAGUGAAAGAUGAAGCUCUAUUAAUAGUAAUAAUUAUCAUGCCACGAAGUGCGUGUAGUAUGCUUAAUGAUGAUUAAUAAUAACAAUUCAUCAUAGAUAUGACUUAUGAGUA